CCCCUCCCCCCCCCCUCCCACCUCCCCUUCGUCCACCUUGUCUUCCUACACCUCCCGAAAAACAGUCCCGCCGUUUGUUGUUUGUUCGUUUGCUUUUUGCCCGGCCCUCCCACCCCCGCCGGCCCUCUCUGCGUCGCGCCAUGAGCUCCUACGACGACAGCUCUUUCCUGGCCUCGCUCGAGGCCCCGGAUGAGGAUUUCGGCAGCAUGUUCCAGGAAAAGCGCUCCUCGUCCUCCUCUUCUUCAUCGCGGCGGUCCUCCAGUCGGUCGGCGAUCAGCGGGCGCGAGGCCGGCACUUCCGACGGUCGCCGUCGCCGGUCUUCCGGGAGAAGUCGCACUGAGCGGCGCCGUCGAUCUGGCUCCCCGAGCCGGCGCCGAUCCGGCGGCCGGCGCCGAUCCCGCUCUCCGAGCACCGACAGCGACGACGACAAUGCGGCUGGGGGCUCCUCCUCGGAUGAGGAGCCGCGGUCGCGCAAGCGCUCCCGACGCAGCGAUCGCACGCACGACACCCGGGACCGGCAUCGCCGCCGUCGCCGUCGAUCUGGCCGGCUUUCGACGGACAGUGAGGGCUCCGACUCCGACUCCGACUCGUCGUCAAGCGACUCGGACGACCGGCCGGCCAUGACGCCGGCCAGUGCGGCCACCACGGCUGCGCCGCAGCCCGAGCGCGAGGACUGGAUGAACAUGUCAAGCUUCGGCGAGCGGUACCUUUUCUCGUCGAAGGUGGUCAGUGCUCGUGAGGAGUCGGCAAAUGAACUCCGGAAGCAUGUUGGCUUCGUGGACAUGGGUGGAUCGACCCUCCGGCCGCGUGCCCCCGCGCCGGUGGUUUCCGAUGGCGGCCUUUCCUGGAAGCAGCGGAAGCUCGCCCGCGCUCGCGCUCGCGCUCAGGAGUCUGGCAGAUCUCUGACCGAAGUAUGGCUCGAGAUGGGCGAAACCCCCGAGAGCCUUGAGGAGCUGACUGCUGGAUCGGCGACUGGUCGGCCAUCAGACGAGCAGCCAGGUGUGCGCGUCUCCGCCGGCGCCUCAGGCCCGCGGACCACCGCCAGGACCGACUACACCAUGGCCAUCAAGGACAAGCUGCUUGCUCCAUCGGCCACCUCGCAGGGCGGGUAUGGCGGCUUCGCGCCGGAUCUGAUCGACGGGACAAACCAGCGCCGCGGCGACCACAUUUUCGCUCCGGUCACGGCUCCGUUGUCGGUCUCCCCGCCGGGGAGCCCCGACCGGGGUGCCUCGCCCGCCGGGCCUGUGUCUUCGGCAAGCGAGUCCCGGGGCUCCGGGCCUGCCGCCUCGGGCGCUGUGGCCGGGCCAGCGGCCCCGGCUGCCGCGCCUGCCGCGCCUGCCGCGCCUGCUGCCCUGUCGGUCACUGAGCGCAAUAAGCUGGCAGCACGCAUUAUGCGUGCGGAGAUGAAGGGCGACCAUGCAUUGGCCCAGACAUUGAAGGCCAAGCUGGAUCCGGGCCCGGCUGCUGCCCCGGCCCGGGCCUCGGCCCCGGCUGCUGACAGCCACCAGCCGGAGGGAGACUCAAACGUGCGGGUCAUUUCGGCACCGAUGGCCGCGCUGGAGCGCCUGCGUCAGCAGGAUGCCGCCUUUGUCCCGUCUCAGGUCCCCGGGCCGAAUCGCCCAGUUGCCACGCAUGAUCGCCAUGGGAACCGUGUUGCCUAUGCUGGCGAGAACUCCGCCGAGUCGGAUCUGUCGACUGAUGAGCUGCUGCGCCGGGAGCGCCUCCUGGCGGCCGUUGCCCGGCAGUCCUCCUCCCGCGAUACCGAUUCCCCCGACGCGGAGUUCGCUCGGAACAUUGCGCGGAACCGUCGGUACACCGACAACUUGGAUUACCAGGACGACAAUGCCGACCUCCUGGCUGUGGCGCCGCGGCGGGCCCGUGCCAAGGAUCACGCAAAGGAGACGGAAAAGUCGCGCCAGCGUGCCAUCUCCGACCUUCAGCGCGAGGAGCGCCUGCAUAACCGCUGCUGGUAUUGCGUCGACAGCCCGCAGUACCGGCCGCACCUGACCAUCUCGUCCGGCUUCCACGCGUACCUUGCGCUCCCCCGGCAGGGCCAGCUGGCUCCGGGGCACUGCCUGCUGGUUCCCCGGGCUCAUGUGCCCUCAUCGUUGGCCCUGCAGGAUGAUGAUGACUGUUUGGUGGAGCUGCGCAACUUCAAGAAGAGCCUGAUCCAGGCAUUCGCCGCGCGCGGACUCUCCUGCUUGUUUAUCGAGCGCGGCGAGGGAACCACGGAGGAGGGCUCCCGUCGCCGCCAUGGCAUCAUCGAGUGCAUUCCUCUGCCCGAGGAGGCAUAUGAUGAGGCGCCCAUUUUCUUCAAGAAGGCCCUCCUGGAAUCCGACGAGACCUGGUCUCAGCACCGGAAAGUCAUCGACGUGAGGCCACGCUCGGCUUUCGUGGUCAACCAGGGCGAGCACGCCGGUGCGGCCCCCACCUCCUUCGGCCUCCGCCGUGCGGUUCCCCCGAAUCUGCCCUUCUUCUUUGUCGAGUUCAGCCUCGACUCCGGCAUGGCUCACAUCAUCGAGGACCGUUCGCGCUUUCCGGAUGACUUUGGCUACUCGGUUGUCGGGGGCUUGUUGGAUAUGGACGAAUCGGAGUGGCGCCGGUCACGCCGGCGCCCGGACGAGGCAUCGGCCGCCGCCGAAGCCCGGCGCAUCGGGGACUUCCGUCAGAUUUGGGCCCCGUACGACUGGACGCGGGCCCUCCAGGCACCACCAGGUGCCGGAUAAUGUGGCACCUCCCUCGUGCUCCGGGGCUCCCCCUUGCCCCUCCUCCCUUUGCUUUUUUCCUUCUUUUUUUUUCCUGCAACCGACCCACACUCGAAAUACACCUAGGGCCAUGCAGCUGUUAUCACCCCCCCCCCCCCCCAC